UCUCUCUCUCGCUCCAUUUUUGGCGCCCUUUCCCCUGUCUCUUUCUAUCGAUGCUAGGUUCAAGCAGGCCAAGCAGUAUCAAGGCGCUGAUCUCUAUUUCUCGCACCACCUCUAAUGGCGGAAUACAGUGCUGAGACAGUGGAGGGAUUGAAGGCACUUCUCUCCUCUUCUUCAGAGGGGGACAAAGCUCGAGCUUACACAGGCCUUUUUCACCUACAAAAACGAAGCGCUGAUGAUAAUCAUGCCAUCCAAAUCCUCUCUCAACAAUCUCUGCAGCUUCUCCCUCUAAUCAAAGUAGACAUUUUCAACACAGAUGAAGAGAUUGCAGCACAGGCAUUGAAGUGUUUGGGGUUCCUUAUUUAUCACCCAACUCUUGUUGCUGUGGUACCAGAUUUAGUUGCUCAAGAUAUCAUUGAAUCCUUGGAGAAACUCAUAAUGACCACAAAAAUGAAGGCUAUUUGUAAUUUAGCAGUGUGGUGUAUUUCUGUUCAACAAUUUAGUUCUUCCUUCUUAGCAUCUCAUCAGGAAACUUUAUUGAAGGCAGUAGUUUAUGCCAUCGACAAUCCAUUUGGGUCUCUUUCGACAACCUUUGAGGCAAUUCAGGGUGCAGUUAAGCUGGCCACUCAAAUGGGCAAAACAAUGAGAGAAAGUUCACAUGUAUGGGCUCCUUGUAUAUGCAGGAGACUUUUUAGCUUAAAUAAAAGGGAUAGAGAUAUGGCAGAAAGGUGCCUCCAGAAGAUUAAGUCGAUUAUACUGCCUCCUCCAUUGAGACUUUCCAAGGCUAUUGCAUUGGACAUCAAGCACAGAUUUCUUUCAGAUAUGGAGAAAAUGUUGCAGCUUCCUCUUUGCAAGGUCCAUGUCAUCCAGGCUUGGGGAUGGCUUAUCCGCUUACUUGGUUCUCAUGUCUUAAGAAAAAGACACCUCCUUAAUGAAAUGCUGAAAAUCCCCGAGAAGACAUUCUCUUGUCCUGAUCCCCAAGUCCAAAUUGCUUCACAGGUUGCAUGGGAAGCUUUGAUAGAUAUACUUCUUCAACAACCAGUUAAAGCAAAUGGAACAAAUGUAAUCCAUGUACCCUCUUCACAUGAAGGGCUAAGACCCUCUCAUGCUUCCUCGGGAAACUAUGAUGCAGAAAGGGAUGUCCCACUUAAAAGAAUCAAGUUGCUAAUGACACCGUUGGUUGGAGUGCUAUCGAGUGCCUGUGACAUUCCUGUUCGUCUUGCUUCCCUAAACAUGUGGCAUUACAUACUUCAUAAACUUGAUGUUUUUGUCAACCACCCCUCAAUACAAGAGGUUGUACUGGAGCCUAUUUUCAAAGCAGUCUUCCAAAUGGGUCCCGAUGAUAGGAAUAUCUUUAUAUGGAGUCGCUGCCUGGAUCUCUUUGAUGAACUUGUUUCAUCAAAAAUUGAUAAGGGUUUUGAUGCCCCAAAGAAACAAGUGGUAGCAUACAUUUGGCCUCCUGAUUCUGGUUCAUAUGAGCCUUGCCUUAGUGCUAAGAUGUCAUGGCAUGACCAUCCCAUCAAAUGGUUGCCUUGGGACCUGAAUAGAUUAAACUUCUACCUGAAUAUGGUUCAAAUUAUCAGGAGGUACUGUUUGGGUAAAGGUAUGGCCGAUGAAUACGUGAAAAGGGGUUUAGACGCUUCUUUAAGGAUAUUCAAGUCUUUGCUGCAACGAGUUAAGAUAGAACUAAAAGGAACAUCCAGACCAUUCGAUGAGAUUGUGCUAAUCAUCCAUGAAUUACUUAGUUUUACAAAGGAUAUCUAUGCGACUGUUACUUUAGAACACCCAAUUAUUAGUGUCACUGACUGGCAAUGUAAUGUGCUGCAGUUCAUUGAAGUAGUCAUAGCGGAAUUAGAACAUGAUGUGCUGAAAUCUCCUCUUUACAAAGUUCCUUUGGAUAUCCAGGAAAUUCAGAAACUGCAAUGUCCUCAAGAUACUGAACGUGCAAAUCAAAAUAUGUCAGGAAGCGGUUUCUUAGUGUAUAUGGAUUUGGUUUCUCCCAUGGUUUAUAUUAUUGUACUUUAUUUCGUAGUGGUAGCUCACUCGCUUUCUGCACUAGAAGAAAACCAAUUUAUAAUGAACAGAUUGCAGAAGUUCUCUGAGAUGAUAUGUUCUAUAUGUGAACCUUUGGAUGAACUAAAUCACUUUAUUGGUAUGUUAUAUUUGUAUAUGCAGAAUGAUUUUCGUUGGGGCUUAUUUAAGAUGUGGAGAGUGCUUGCUAGAGGCCUGAAUGAUCGAAUUGAUUCUGUGAAGUAUUUGCAUUUUUUGAGAAGCGAUUCUGAUAAUACGGGCUAUGCAAUAGUAUAUUACUCUUUGUGUUGUCCUUUGGAGUUAUAUAUUUCCUUGGAGAAAAUGAACAUGAAAGAAUCGAGUGGCUACAUGAACUUCCAUGUUAGCCCAUCUGAAUUAAGCCUUGAGCUUGACCUCACUUUAGAAGUUUGGAGGUCACUGUACUAUUCUGCAAAUCAUGUUUCCAAUAUUGAGGGUUCUUCCAUAAAUAGGUUUGCUGAAGGUAUGUGCAGAAGGCUGACUGAAUUGGUCAGCAAGAGAUAUAUAGUAUCACAGAGUGAAACUCAGAUUAGAUUAAAAGAAGAGUUGAAUGGGAGAUGUAGUUUUCUCUUUUUGAUUGGAGAACUUGUGAUCUAUGUUUUAAAACAAACUUUGGUUUUGAACAGUCAAAACCUAAUAUUAAAGAACAGGAAUCAGGAAGAAAGCAAGAAGAGUGACAGCAGCAACAUCAGGAAUUAUUUGGAGUUUGUUGCCAGAUACCUGAGGCUCUUACUGACAAUUGUGAAUACCUUGCCUGAGGUUGAACUUGAUGUUAUUUUGAGGACCUUUGCAAGUAUGACUAUCUUUGUAAGUCAUCUUUGCUUAAAGAAAGAUAUCUUGUUAUUCAUGGAGAUCAUCUCUGACCCACUGGCUCAAUGGCUAUCCUUGUGCUCAAUCCUAAACCAAGAAACAAACAGAGGAGACCUCCAGCAUCAACUUUCCAUCUUCUGGACUGAAACAUUGGAUUGCUUGCGGCGGAGCAAACCACCGCUCCUCUUCAAUUCCUCUCUCCUCACUCUCCAAGCCCCACUCUUGGGCAUAGCUCUUAAUCACCCUCACUCAGCCAUUUCUGAUGCCACCAUCUCAUUCUGGCAGGCAACAUAUGGCAAAAACACGAAAAUAUCUUAUCCCCACUACUUGUUUCCAAUUCUAGUCAAUCUAAAGAUUGUAGAUGCAAAUGCACCAUUGGCCUGUGAUAAUCCUGCAAUUUCAGCUGAUACUAAGUGUGUCGGAGUUAAUGUCACCCAGAAAGGGAGCUCAAAGAGAGUAGUGGCACCCAUGCAAGAUUGUGAUGCUCUAUUUGUUGGACCUUCAAAAAGGAAAUGUUCAGAACUAACUGAGCAUCAAAUGGAGGUGAGGAGAGCCCAACAAGGAAGGGUAAGAGAUUGUAUGGGGCAUGGUCCUUGAGUUAAGACCCAUACGAAUUUAGAUUUUAGUCAAGGAAAUGAGGGUGAGUCCCAAGAGACUGAGGAGGUACGGAGCCUUGAGUCUAUCCUUGACAAGCUGAGGAUGCGUAAAUCUUGUGAUAUUGGAAAGUGAUUGUGAUGUUUGGCAUGUAUUUAUUUGUACUUUGUAAUCUUAUGCAUAAUGUAUGUUAAUUCCCUCUUCCACUUUUAACUGCAUAGACAAUGAUCCGACAAGAGCAAACUGUACCCCCCUCCCCACGAAAAA